AUGACUCAAGACGUCGAGAUGAAAGAGCAGCAGCAGCAGCAACCUUCCAAUUCCUCCACCUCCUCCUCUCCUUCCACUCUCCACCAUUUGAAGGAGAUUGCGUCGUUGAUUGAGACUGGAGCGUAUGCGAAGGAAUCUAGGAGGAUCGUGAAAGCUGUGAGACUGACUAUGACUAAAAGGAAAAAGUUGAAAGCUCCUGUGCUUUCUGCUUUUCUUAAUUUUGCUCUUUCGCCAGGAUCCGAGCCGUUUAAUCGGUUAAUUUCGUAUCUUCCUAAGGAAGAUGAGCAGGAAAUGGAGGUUGAUACUGCAACAUCUGUGACUCAAUCUCCUGCAAAGCAUCCCAUACCAGAACUGGAGAUAUAUUGCUACUUGUUGAUCCUGAUUUUUCUGAUUGAUCAGAAGAAAUAUAAUGAGGCUAAAGCUUGUUCAUCGGCAAGCAUUGCUCGCCUGAAGAAUCUGAAUAGGAGGACUGUUGAUGUUCUGGCAUCAAGGCUGUAUUCCUACUACUCACUUAGCUAUGAACUCACUGGUGAUCUUGCUGAAAUCAGAGGUAACCUUCUUGCUCUUCACCGGAUUGCAACAUUGCGCCACGAUGAGCUGGGCCAGGAAACACUUCUCAACCUACUGCUGCGCAAUUACCUCCAUUACAAUUUAUAUGACCAAGCAGAGAAGCUGAGGUCUAAGGCCCCACGUUUUGAGGCUCACUCAAAUCAGCAGUUCUGUCGGUAUCUCUUUUACUUGGGAAAGAUUAGGACAAUUCAGUUGGAGUAUACUGAUGCAAAAGAGUCUCUCCUUCAAGCUGCUCGUAAAGCCCCUGCUGCAGCCCUUGGUUUCCGAGUUCAAUGCAACAAGUGGGCAGUUAUUGUCAGACUGCUGCUAGGAGAAAUCCCUGAGAGGACUGUUUUUAUGCAGAAAGGCAUGGAGAAUGCUUUGAGGCCAUACUUUGAGCUCACAAAUGCUGUGCGAAUUGGGGACUUGGAGCUCUUUAAGUCUGUCGCUGAGAAGUUCUCAUCUACUUUCAACGCUGACAGGACCCACAACUUAAUUGUCAGACUGCGACACAAUGUCAUAAGGACUGGACUUCGCAACAUCAGUAUCUCUUAUUCUCGUAUCUCACUGGCCGAUGUAGCCAAGAAGUUGAGGUUGGACUCUCCUAACCCUGUUGCCGAUGCUGAGAGUAUUGUGUCCAAGGCAAUCCGAGAUGGUGCUAUUGAUGCUACAUUGGAUCAUGCAAAUGGAUGGAUGGUAUCUAAGGAAACAGGGGACAUAUACUCCACAAAUGAGCCUCAAAUUGCAUUUAACUCUAGGAUCACCUUCUGCCUCAACAUGCAUAAUGAGGCAGUACGUGCCCUUAGGUUUCCACCUAAUUCCCACAAGGAGAAAGAAAGUGCUGAGAAAAGGAGGGAGAGGCAACAGCAAGAGCAAGAGCUUGCUAAGCACAUAGCUGAGGAGGAUGAUGACGAGUUUUGA